AGGAGGAGGGGGUGGAGGAGGACAGGCAAAGUAUACGGCGGGGGAAAGUAAAAGUUCCAUGUGUAGCAUGAUGUCAACCAUGUGCCACCUCUGGACCAAUGCAGGCCCUGAAAACUGUGUGUGUGUCCCUGAUGGAGGUUGACCUGGUUUUGAGCUCUUGAAUGUUGCUGUGGGACAGGUGCAGCGGCCUGUGCUGAACGUUGCAUAAGAACAUCUGAGGAGAGCAGAGACAGAACAACAAACUGUUAGCUUUGGAGAAGUCUGAAGUGACUCCCCUGCCAGGACUGGGUCUGACGUGUUUGUUCAGCUUGAUGUUUUCGUCUUGUUUUCUGUCACGCUGUGCCUUUUUACGUCAUGGCUAUUGUCUUCGCCAGCCUGGUGGCGCUAUAAAAGGAAUGAGAAAACGCACCGAGAGACAGAUGCACAUAGGGUUUUCAUGUCAUCUCAGUCAGUAUCUUGCACGUCUGUCUGCACCAGGAAAAUGUACGCAACUGUUGCAUCCUUCGUCCUCCUGUGCGUGACUGCGGCCACACAUGCAGACCAUCAUCCCUGUCAUUCACCUAACAUGACAGGAUCUAUGACUGCGAUAAACAUGAAGGGCGAAUUCAAAGCCUUCGGCACGUUCACUUACGAUUCCAUGGGCAAGAAAUUGCGCUUCAGGACCAACGAGAGCGCAUUCGUGAACACCACACUACACUUGGAUCUGCUGAUGUUUUUUGAAGAAGGAAUCCUCUACGAGAUCGACAGCAAAAAUCAGUCUUGUGAGAAGAAGGCAUUGCAGUGCACUUUACAUCCUCUGGACGUCCCUGAUGACGCUCACUUCAUCAGCAUGUUAAACCUAGGGAGUCCCUCCAUCGAAGGAGAAGGAAUGAAGGUCAAUGUAUGGACCGGAGACCUUCCUGAGAAAGGCAAAUACACCAUGAGUGUAACGAUGGGAUGUUUGCCUGUAUCCAUGCUCUACCUCAGCGGGUCCAGGUCAUUGUUAAUUAGCAACUUCGACAUUGAAACGGAGAUUAAGGACCCCGAUCUCCUGCUGGUGCCCUCCUUCUGCCAGGGGAUGCCCGUGGAAGGGCCGGUCAGCAGUUUCUUUAAUGAGUUCAUGUAGAUGUGACUCCCAUCAAAACAAAUCAAAAAUCCGUCGCAAACAGCACCUGACAGAACGUUAGACCUUUCUCUCCUUCCUGUACGUUACUUCAGUUUUUCAUGCACUGUCUCCAUGACACCUACUACUCAUCUGUGAAGAUAAUGGCUUUAAAAGUGUAUGAGCAUUUUGAUAUAAAGGGAAUAAACCUGGCAUGGACUGUAGAUGUAGUUAUACUAACAGCUGGUGGCUUUUAAACUUGGCGCUGCUCACAAAAACCUGUAAAAUAUGAUUAAAUGGUACAAUAAAGUGUCAAAGCUGC